AUGUCUGUCAACACAACUAACAAGCAGUAUGCCACUGCUACCACAGCUGCCACAUCACUCUCAGAGAAACAACCCGAUCAAUCAUCCGGUAGCAGCGGUACUCAUGGCGCAGCAUACGUAAAGUACUGCAACACGCUUGGAAUGGACGUAGAAAAGGGCACGACCUCCUUCGACGAGCGCAUCCGUCGCGACUAUCGCUUGCACACAAUUCAAUAUUGGAUGGUUGCCUCCUUAGCCAACGGCAUGCUCUGGGCCCAGAUCAUCAUCGGCGCCGCCAUCACAGCUCUCGGUGCAUCUCACGCGCCAGGCUCCAAAACGGCCACGAUCUUCCUGGGGGCCGCCAGCACCGUCAUCGCCGGCUUUCUAACGUACUUCAAGUCGCGAAGCCAACCGAAUCGAUCGCGGCAAUUCCGUCAAGCACUAAGAAAGGUCCGCAAUAAAAUGGAUGAAACAGCAAAUCAACUCGACGAGACCACAACCCCAGAAGAAGCACACGCCCGCGCCUUGGAAAUCCUGAAACUAUACGACGAAGCCAUCGCCGAAGCUGCAGCAAAUUACCCCGACCUGUGGGUCACGGUCAACGACAUGCGGAAGUACUUGCACAGCACUAGCAACAGCAACCAGACCUCAGACUCUGACUCGAACGCACCGGUCCCCGAUGCCAUGGACGCCGUAGUCAAGCCUGAUAUCGUUGCGCCACCAACACCACCACAAAUAGCCCCAACAGCGCCGCAGCCCGCUGCAGAACCAUCUGCCACCAACACCACGGCCGAACCUCCCCCAGAAGCUUUGUCGACGCAGAAUGGGGGCGCAGCGAACUCACCACUGAUAUACCAUGGAACACUCAAUUCCCCCGCCGUCUCUGAUGGGUCCCAUCCCCAGCCUUCGUAG